GAGCUUGAUAAGACUGCUAUGGGAAGGAAAAGUCUUAACUGUGAAAGUCCCUUGGGGGGAACACUAGAUGGAGGGAAGCGUUACCGAUGUAUCAUUUUACCAGCCAAUGUUCCUUUGGCUGCUGAUUCCUUAGAACAAAGAAACCAAAACUGGAUUGCUAGGGCAAAUUCAGCUACUGAUUUAAUCAUACAAGUUGGUGAUUCCAGCUUUCACUUGCACAAGCUUGUCAUGGCCUCAAGAAGCGAAUAUUUGAAUAGGCUUGUCUUUCAGAGGGGAAGCAACAGAGAAAGUGGAGGUGAUAAUAGCCUCAAUAUCCAAAUAAAUAAUCUUCCUGGUGGUACAAAAACUUUCGAAUUAGUAGUCAAAUUCUGCUAUGGAUGGAAAAUUGAUAUAACCGCAGCCAACGUUGCCCCAUUAUAUUGUGCUUCACAUUUCUUGGAAAUGAGUGAAGAUCUUGAAGAAGCAAAUCUCAUUUCCAAGACAGAAUCUUUUCUGAGCUUUCUGAUAUUGUCUUCAUGGAAAAGCACACUUCAAAUACUUAAAAGCAGUGAAUCCAUUUCCCCUUGGGCCAAGGAAUUACAAAUAGUGAAACGCUGCACAGAAGCAAUAGCUUGGAAGGCAUGUACAAAUCCAAAUGCAGAGAUUGAAAACAUAGUUGAUACUUGGUGGUUCGAAGAUGUAUCACUUCUACGUAUAGAUCAUUUUAUUGAAGUGAUUCAGUCUAUUAAAAGAUUUGGAAUCAAACCAGAACUUGUAGGUUUUUGUAUAGCACAUUGGACUACAAAAUGGUUUUCCCAAGUCACACUUGGACUUGACAAAGUGACUCCUAAACACAUAACUCUCCAGUUACAUAGAGUUUCAACUGAAUGCUUGAUUAGAAUACUUCCUGCUGAAGAAAAUUCAGUCACUUGCAAUUUUUUGCUUCACCUACUAAAGGCAGGUGUGAUGCUGAAAAUAAAUCCUGAGUUGUUGUGUGUGCUAGAAGGAAGGGUAGCUUUAAUCUUGGAGCAAUGCCUUGUCCCAGAUCUCUUGGUCAAAAAUCAAGGAGAUAAAGAUUCUUUGUAUCAUGUAGAUGUUGUUGUUAGGGUUUUACAAUCUUAUGUUUGCAGCAUGUCAAGUAAUCCUGAAGCAAAACUCAACACUGUUGGAAGGCUGGUGGACGGGUAUCUCACACAAGUUGCAAGGGAUGAAAAUCUCACAGCGGAAAGUUUCAAAUCACUUGUUGAAGCAUUGCCACAAAAUGCCAGAAACUGUGAUGACAACCUCUAUAGAGCCAUUGACAUGUACCUCAAGGCACAUCCAAAUUUGACAGAAGAAGAUCGAGCAGAUGUGUGUAGGGUCCUGGAAUACCAUAGAUUGUCACAAGAAGCACGUCAACAUGUGAUGAAGAAUGAUAGGUUGCCGUUGAAAUUAACAACACGAUUUGUCCUUCUAGAACAAGUGAACAUGGCAGGGUCGUCAAUGAAAAGUAAUGGAUCAAAUUACCAAAGGACAAAAACUCAGACAACUAUCAGAGUAAGCAAAGAUUUCGAAAAAAGACAGAUAAAUUCCCAGGAGAUAAAGAUGAUGAGAAAAGAUGUUGAAAUGAUGAAGUCGCAACUCUUGGAACUAAAUACCUGCAAAAUAAAGCUCCAAAAGCAACUGAAGAGAUGCUUUCGUUGAAAGAGAGUUUAUUAUGUAAAAUCACCUCAACAUACAUAAGAAGGAUAUUUUCUCUUUUUCUGUGAUAGUCUAAAGGGGCUGUAAGAGUUAUCUUUGUUGUAGGAAA